AUGUCCGAUCAAGACGACAAAGCUGACAGCCAGAUGGCUUCCAAGAGGUCUGAGGACCUGAAGGAAAACCAGGUAGAUCCCAACAAGAAGGAGGUGGCUGGCCAUGCUGUCAAAGAGAUGGAACCUGAGGCUGCUAAUCAAAGUGAAGCUAAGCAUGUUGCCAUCAAGAAGGACGACGAGGACCAGCCAGGUGCCAUCAAAAAGGAUGGAAAGCCACAGCCAUAUGCCAGUCAAGGCGAUGAUGAGACCCUGUCGAUCAUCAGCCAGGGCGAGCUCCAGUCAGCUGCUGAUAACAAACUCUUGGAUGAUGUCCAGGAGUCCCUCAUGUCAGCAAUUAACAAGAAAAAGUCAUCCUUUGGUCCUCGAGGCUUUGAGAAGCCUACCACCAGGAUGAAGCGCGAUUAUGUCCACAUUGGAGAGAAGUACAGGAUCUAUGCCGUAGGUCACCGCAAGGAUGAGCGACCUGAGCCUGAGGUUGUCAAGAGAACUGGAAACUAUGAGGAUGACUACAUUCGUGCCUGCUACGAGGCUGAUUACCCCAUUGUCAACCAUGAUGCUGAGACUGACUGGGACCGCCGCGCCUGGCCUAACAACAAGGUCCCGGAGGGCAUCAACAUGGAGAUGAUGCGCCAGGAUCUGCUUUUCAACUUUCAGUCCCCCACGACGGGCUGGCAGGCCGCCGGUGACACCUGCGCCGCCAAGCGCGCGAUGACCAGCGCGCCGUCCGACAAGAUCCCUGGCUACCGCGACCGUUCAUACGCCGUCCCGAACUACUCCUGCCACAAAACCAGCUUCUCCAAGCCCUCUUCCAACGACUGGCACCACGCCGGCGACACAUGCGCCGGCAAGCGCGCCAUGGGAGGCGGUGCCGCUCCCGAUACCUCUUACCAGAACGAGGCCCAUGCUAGCAACGACCACGCCCUCGGCUACGGUUUUACCAGGCGCGAGCGCGGUGUUGCCACCCAGAACAGCCCCAGUGAUUUUGGCGGUGACGCUUGUGCCUGGGCCCGCUCUCACAUCUCCUAG